AUGUGCAAGAUGCAUGGAACAAGAGAGGCCGAGGGCGGGGGCGUGGAUAUCACGAAUGGCAGAGAGAUUCUGCCUGGCAAUGUCAUACCAAGGCACUACGACCUAACAUUGGAACCCGAUUUCGAGAAGUUGACAUACGAUGGCACGGUCGUUAUUGAUUUGGAUGUGGUUGAGAAUACCAAGUCCAUCACGUUGAAUACCCUGGAGAUAGAUGUCCAUAGCACCAAGGUUCUCUCAGGAUCUCAGACGAUCAGCUCUUCUCCGGAACUCUCUCACAAUGAAGACAAACAGACUACCACGGUUGCAUUCGGCACAGAAAUCCCCAAGGGAAACAAGGCGCAACUUGAGAUGAAGUUUACUGGCCAGCUGAACGACAAGAUGGCUGGUUUCUACCGCUCGACAUACAAGAACAGUGACGGCAGCCAGGGCAUUUUGGCUACUACUCAAAUGGAACCUACGGAUGCACGAAGGGCAUUUCCCUGCUUUGACGAACCCGCACUUAAGGCCGAAUUCACCAUUACUCUGAUUGCUGACAAGAAACACACGUGUUUGAGUAAUAUGGAUGUUGCUUCUGAAACCGAGAUCAGUGCCACGAAGAAGGCCGUGAAGUUCAACAAAUCCCCAAACAUGUCCACGUACCUUGUCGCCUUCAUUGUCGGUGAACUCAACUAUAUCGAAACGGACAAGUUUAGACUUCCUAUCAGGGUCUACGCCCCGCCUAACCAGGAUAUUGAGCAUGGCCGAUUUUCAUUGGAGCUUGCCGCUCGUACUCUUGAGUUCUAUGAGAAGACCUUUGACAGCAAAUUCCCUCUUCCCAAGAUGGACAUGGUUGCGAUUCCUGAUUUCUCGGCUGGUGCCAUGGAGAACUGGGGACUUAUCACCUACCGUGUGGUUGAUCUCCUUUUCGACCCAGCGACGAGCGGUGCCUCAACCAAAGAACGUGUUGCGGAAGUUGUUCAACAUGAGCUUGCUCAUCAAUGGUUCGGUAACCUGGUUACCAUGGACUUCUGGGAUGGCCUCUGGCUAAACGAGGGUUUCGCGACGUGGAUGUCUUGGUACUCUUGCAACAAAUUCUAUCCGGAAUGGAAGGUAUGGGAAAGCUACGUCACGGAUACCCUUCAAGGUGCCCUCUCCCUGGAUUCUUUGCGCAGCAGUCAUCCCAUCGAGGUGCCUGUCAAGCGGGCUGAUGAGGUCAACCAAAUUUUCGACGCCAUCUCAUACUCCAAGGGUUCAUGUGUUAUCCGCAUGAUCUCGAAAUACUUGGGAGAAGACGUUUUCAUGGAAGGUAUCCGUCAGUAUCUGAAGAAACACGCCUACGGUAACACUCAAACUGGUGACCUCUGGAACGCUCUCAGCAAGGCUAGUGGAAAGGACGUGGCUAAAAUCAUGGACAUCUGGACUAAAUAUGUCGGCUAUCCUGUGGUCACGGUGACUGAGAAUGAGAGCGACAAGACCAUCCAUGUAAAGCAAAACCGCCUGCUUCGCACCGCUGAUGUGAAGCCUGAAGAAGACACAACUCUUUAUCCAGUCUUUUUGGGUCUUCGCACAAAGGAUGGAAUUGAUGAAAAUCUAGUCCUGUCGAAGCGAGAGGACGUCUUCAAGGUUCAAGAUUUUGAUUUCUUCAAGCUCAAUGCCGACCACACCAGUAUUUACCGGACUUCAUACACCCCUGCACGCCUCGAAAAGCUCGGCAGGGCUGCCAAGGACGGUCUUCUGAGUGUCGAGGACCGUGCAGGAAUGAUUGCAGAUGCAGGAGCACUUGCAGCCUCUGGAUACCAGAAGACUUCCGGUGUUCUGAACUUGCUGAAGGGCUUUGAUUCGGAGAGCGAGUUUGUCGUUUGGAAUGAGAUCCUUACCCGUCUUAGUGCUAUCCAAGGAGCCUGGAUAUUUGAAGAUCAGAGUGUCAGGGAUGGGCUUGAAGCAUUCCAACGUGACCUUGCCAGCGAAAAGGCUCACAAAUAUGGAUGGGAGUUCAAGGACAGUGACGAUCACAUUCAGCAGCAAUUUAAGGCUAUGCUUUUUGGCAGUGCUGGGUUGCCCGGUGAUAAGAAAGUCAUUGCAGCUGCUCAAGAUAUGUUUGCGAAGUUCGCCGCAGGCGAUAAGACAGCAAUCCAUCCGAACAUCAGAGGAAGUGUCUUCAGUAUUGUAGUAAAGUAUGGUGGAAAGAAAGAAUACGACAUAAUUCUCGAAACUUACCGCAAUUCAAAGAACAGCGAUGAACGGAACACCGCUCUUCGCGUCUUGGGUCGAGCUAGGGACCCAGAACUCAUCAAGAAGACUCUGAGCUUGCCCUUCAGUGGGGAAGUCAAGGAGCAAGAUAUUUACAUGCCGAUCAGUGGUCUUCGAAGCCAUCCUGAGGGUAUCGAAGCUCUCUUCAACUGGAUGACCGAGAACUGGGACGAGCUCACACGAAGACUCCCUCCCGGUCUGGGUAUGCUCGGCACAGUCGUCUCGAUCUGCACGUCAAGCUUCUCCAGCUUGGAAGGUCUGGAACGUGUACAGAAAUUCUUCGCUGAGAAAAGCACCAAAGGCUUUGAUCAAACUCUUGCCCAGAGCUGUGAUGCGAUCAGAGCAAAGGCAGCAUGGCUCGACAGGGAUAGACAGGACGUUAAGGAUUGGGUCCAAUCGUACUCGGUUAAGACUAUUAAGAGUGAGUUGUAA